AUGGAGCUAGUCGAACCACCGUAUCACCAUAAUUGCUACUAUAUUCCACAUCAUGCGGUCACCUCCAAAUUCCGCGUGGUGUUCAAUGCUUCGGCGCCGACCAGCUCGGGAGUCUCCCUAAACGAUGUUCAACUGGUGGGCCCAGCGCUUCAGGACUCGCUUGGUAGCAUACUUCUUCGCUUCCGACGUUUUCGAGUGGCGAUAACGGCCGACAUCGAGAAAAUGUUCAGGCAAGUGUUGGUUGCGCCGGAGCAUCGAGACUAUCAGAGGAUUAUUUGGCGCGAGUCCCCGGCCGAUGAUAUUCGCGUAUAUCGAUUGAAGACCAUUACAUAUGGCAUGGCAUGCAGUCCAUAUAACGCAGUGCGCACGUUGCAGCAAUGCGCUUAUGAUAAUUAUGGUUCAGUUCCGGAUAGGCGGCAGGCGGUCCUCGCUCGAGAUGCGAUUCUAACAUUUUACGUAGAUGAUUUCCUCACUAGUUGUGAGAGCGCGUCCGAUGCAGUGGAACUGGCUAGAAACGUAGAUACUAUUUUAUCCGCGGGAAAAUUUACGCUAAGAAAAUGGAACUCCAACGAUGGCCAGGGGACGAGCUAUUUAUCUAAUGAAGCGUCUCUUUCUAGCUAUACUUUCCAUUCUGGUGUGGCUUCCGUAUUAGGCUUAAGAUGGGACGCAGUGACGGAUCAGCUAUUUUUCCAAGUCGACCUAAACCAAUCCUCCGAGGCUCCCACGAAGAGACGAGUACUUAGCGAGGUGGCGCGUCUCUUUGAUCCCGCUGGGUUAUUAUCACCUGUCGUUGUAACUGGGAAGGUUGUCCAGAGGAUGUGGGCUGCGGGUUUAUCUUGGAAUUCGCCGUUACAUGACGAUCUUUGCAACGAAUGGCUCAAGUACCGCUCCAAGCUAGAGGGGCUCAAUAAGAUCCGCAUCAACCGUUGGAUGGGCAUGAUUCAGCGUGUUCAGACAACGUUGCAUGGCUAUUGCGAUGCCAGCUCACAAGCAUAUGCUGCCGUCAUCUAUACGAGAACUGUUGACGUAGGCGGUGUUGCGCACAUCUCACUUCUUACAGCUCGCACGAAGGUGGCACCUCUGAAGGGCGCUACUAUACCUCGCCUGGAACUGUCGGCAGCACUACUGUUGGCUGAAACUAUUCAAAAUGUGCGGGACUCGCUGGGAUUAAUAGAUGCUCCAUACUAUUUGUGGUCGGACUCGGCGACCGUUUUGUGCUGGUUGAAGAAGCAUCCAACAACACUUAAGCCGUUCAUAUCCAACCGGGUUCGCAGGAUAAAGAAACUGACAUCCCCAGACAGAUGGUACUACGUUCGUUCAGCACAGAACCCUGCUGAUUGUGCCAGCAGAGGCAUUACACCCGAAGAACUCUUAGUUUACCCGCUUUGGUGGCAUGGUCCUGGUGUGAUAGGCAGCGCUCCCUCAAACCAGCCCGAGAUCCCUCUUAGUCAGGCCGAGUCGGACGAGCUCCUUGCCGAAAGGCGAAGUAUAUGUCAGUCAAUAGUACUCCUGCGCAGCCUAUGA